AUGGGUCAAGACGAGUCUCAUGUUCAGAACAAUCAGGCGCCCCAAGUACUUGAGGACCGGUCACUAAUUCUUCCGCAAGAACCCCGCCCCUUCUACGUUCUGGCCAAGGAGCUUUAUCCUGGAAACUUCCACCCUACCCUCUCACAUGCCUUCAUCUCCCUCCUCGCCCACAAGGGCCUUCUUCACAAACUGUUUACCCAAAACAUUGACUGCCUCGAGAGGCAAGCCGGUGUACCGCCCGAACGAAUCAUCGAGGCGCAUGGCAGCUUUGCUACUCAACGAUGCAUUGACUGCAAGAAGCCCUACCCGGAUGACUUGAUGAAGAUGCAUAUCAACAAGGCGCAGGUUCCCAGGUGUGCAGCCUCGGGUUGCUCGGGUCUGGUGAAGCCCGAUAUCGUCUUCUUUGGCGAGCCACUCCCGGCGGACUUUGGUAGAAACUCAGACGCCAUGUUUGCUGCCGAUCUGGUCAUUAUCAUGGGCACGAGCCUGACGGUCUACCCUUUUGCCGCUCUCCCCGACAUGACCCGCCCAAAGACGCCCCGCGUCCUUUUUAACCUUGAAAGGGUAGGGACCUUGGGCGGCCGGCCGGACGAUGUCCUUCAGCUUGGUACCUGCGAUCUAGGUGUGAAAAAGCUUGCCGAGGAGCUCGGUUGGUUGGAGGAGCUGAACAAGCUGUGGGAAGAGACCGUGGGGGACAAAGAGGUGGCGAAGCAGCGGGCUAGGCACGAGACCCCCGACGCCGACUUGGAGGCCAUGGACGAUGAGAUUGUCGGUUCUCUGUUGGAGAGUAUCGAAGGCAUAUCGCUGAAGGAUCACAGCUCUGGUGGACACCGGGGCGACACAAAGGCUCACAAGCAGCGGCCGUCUUCGGCUAACGCCAAAGGACAGACUGGCUCUUCGCCUAUCGUUUUGCCAAAGGCAAUUGUUGGUCACCUUGAGAGUCACCUUCAAGACAAGCUAACAAGCGGCGCCGCCACCGGCAGCAAAUUGUCUGAAACGACCUCAAACGGCAGUAACGAAGCUGCCACAAACCCCAAGGCAGGUGGCCCCGACAACAGUACAGGGAGCGAGGUUGGCGCAGAAAAGGCCGGCACAGAAGAGAAGGAAGGGAAGGCGGAGGAUGAGAGGGAACCCGGUGAUUCUAAUACUCUCUCAUCUGCAAACCCGGCUGAGUCAAAAGCUAGCGCAAGUAAUACUGAAGGGAAGCUGUAA